UUGUUUCCCUUCCCUGCUUGUCGUCUUCGGUCCAGCUUUGUAUUUUUUUUCCCUCUUCACUGUUCUUUUUUUUAGCUGAAAACCAAAACAACAUCAUAGGAAAUUCAGGAACCAAAGAAAUAAAAUAAUUUAGAUUUUUUUUUGGAGUGAAUAAAUUGAUAAUGGGAAAUGAAUCUCGGAGAUUGCUUCUUCUAUCGAUUUUUCUCUUGACGGUUCAACUCCGAGUUAACUCAGUCAUUGGGAUCUGUGAACACAGCUUCAAUGACGGCAACAAGUUAUACAACUUUAGCUUGGCUUCUCCUUUGCCUAAAUUCCCUCAUGGCAUUCUCAGCGAAGACGGGUUUUAUAAGGUGGCGGGGAAUGAGACUGUGCUUUGGUUUCAGCUUUGUGGUGGAAUGCUUUUUAACCAUGAUCCACCUAGAUGUGCUGAGUGCUCGGAAUGUGGAGGUCCAUCACGCUGUGGAACGGAAUGUAGUGCGUUAGCGGCUAGAAAUGCUGGAGGUUAUCACGUAUGUUCUACUCUUGGACAUGCUUCAAGUACAAAUGUUAGCAUCCUUGACAAGCAGAACCCUUUCAAAGGUGUCAUUGUUAGAAUGUCAAGCAGUGGAAAAGAUCCCAGUUGUUCACUCUCGGUCUCAAUCCUUUGUGAUUCAAAUGGAGCUCAAGGGCCAGAUUCAGUGGAGAAACUGGGGACUUGUGAUUAUGCUACAACGCUGCGGCAUCCUUCUGGUUGUGCAACAAUCAUAUCCAUUGGUGGGAAAGGGUUUGGCUGGUUUGGCACCUUGAUAAUCAUUAUCAUAUGCCUCUUUGGAGCCUACCUGCUUGCUGGUACAGUUUAUCGAUAUUUUUUCCUUGGAGUUCACGGUAUAGAAGCAAUUCCGAACUUGGAUUUGUGGGCCAGCUUACCACAUAGAACUCAGAUAUUUUUCUCGUCUUUGGUACGACAGUUUAGUGGACCUUCAACCAGUCACAGAAACUCCUAUUCGCCAGUCAAUUCUUGAGCAGUUGCAAUUUGGUUCCGCGUUUGUAGGUAAACCAGCUUUGAGAUCGCUUGGUCAUGAACCUUUUUUUCCCAGUAAGUUCCAAACUGCUAAUAUGAUUGCACAGGGAAUCGGUUUUCCGAUGAUCCGCCUCUUGUUAAUUGAAGUUGACAAUUUUUUUCGGUGUUAAAUGAGUAGUUUACUCGGAGAACAACUAAUUAAUAGUAGAAUCUUCAUUCACUUUGUUCUUACUAGGGAUAGUUAGACAUUUAAAUUGAUAAGAGUAUACAAUGUUAAAUUUGCUUGAAUUGUUAAAACCUAAUUCAAUGACUGUUGCAUUGAGAAAAUUGUUAUUUUUUCGUGUUUUAAGUAA